GGUAUUUACUUCGUAACCAGCUCUGUUCGAUUACGGCGUUUAGGGUAUAACUGUCCAUCAGCGUGUGUUGUUUGACUGGAGAUGUCGUCCAAUAACCCCUUUGCCCAGAAUAUAGAGGAGGAGUUUCAGCAGGAACUGAGGAACUCUUUGAAUGACUACCAGCCAGCAUCGAGCACAAGUGCUUCAAACACAGGCACCACUACCAACUCCGCACCUCAAGCCGGUCCCAGACCAACACAGCGACCUGACGUCCCACAGAUAAGCAUUGAUACAUCAUUGAACGUGGAUGAUUCACCACCAGAGGUGCCACCACCGGCUUAUUCAGAGAUAGACCCACACCCGUCUCCUCAACUCGCGCCGCAAUCACCAAGACUCCCUCCACGGCCCUCUACGACGCCUCCUUCUCCUCUACCAUCGAGCGGAUAUCAGAGACAAAGCAUCCCUGUGCCAUUGUCCAGUGAGUACACCAGACCAGCAGCACCACACCCAGGUCUCGGCUACAAUGCUCAAAGCCCCACGUAUCUCACUCCUCACACACCUAUACAGAUGCAACAGCAGAACUGGAAUGCCCCAAGCUAUCCACCACGACCAGCAUCUCCAAGCUGGCCUCAGGAACCCGCAGCACCACAGCUUCCACAGAGACCAGUGUCACCAAAUCCAUCUUACAGUACCAAUAUCUAUGCGCCUCCUCCGAAGCCUCCCAGAAGCAGUGCGUACCCUGGUAGAACAAACGCUACUUAUUCUUCAAGAAGGUCAUAGAUGUUUGUAUUAUAUAUUACAACAACAAGCACCAAUGGAAGUGUUGAGAAAUUUCUCCGUGUAGUUGAGUAA